AUGUCCGCAGCGUCCUCCUCCCUCCGAUCGGCGACGAACGUGUACUCGCCAGAGACCUUCACCGCCGCGGAUGCCUCGAGCCUCGCCCAGCUCAUGGGCAGCGGCUCGCUCGGUGGGCUCGAGCGGCUCGACCUCUCGGGCAAAAAGCUAGGAGCCGAGGCGCUGCGGCCGGUUGUCGACGCGCUCGGCGACGGCGCGCUGCCGUGGCUGCGCCACCUCAACAUUGGCGGCAACAAGCUCGGCGACGGCAUAGAACAGCUCGCCGCCGCGCUCAAAGCGCAGAUGCCUAGGAUCAACUGCGUGCUGGGGUCGCUCGAGUCGCUGCACACCGCAACAAACGAGCUCACCAACGACGGCGUCAUCGCGCUGACAUCGGCGCUCGCGCUCGGUGCGCUUCCGUGGCUCAAGGUGCUGGGGCUCGGCGGGAACAAGAUUGACGACCGUGCCGUCGAGUCCCUCGUGGAGAGCGGGAGCGCGGGGACCUUCAAGACGCUCGAGGGGCUCGGGCUCGACAACGUCGGCAUCACCGCCGACGGGGUCACCACGAUGGCGGCGGGCCUGCGCGACGGCGCCUUCCCCUCCCUGCGGCGGCUGAGCCUCUCUCGGCUGCACGAGCAGCACGCCGACAUCAAGGCCGCAGCGGAGGAGCGGAGAGUCCACCUUGGCUUCUACUAA